GUUUAUACUUGUAUUGAAUUGAAGUAAUGAUUCCUUUCAUUAUAGCUCUAUUACUUCUAUUACAAUCAUGUAACUCUGGUUCAUCAUCUAAGUGUAAACAAGAGCAGGGAUCCUUUGGAAAAUUCUGGUCAAUAGUGGAAACGCUUAUUGGAUUCAUUUGUACACUAAAUGGAAUAUGGAACACAGUUGAACAUUGGUUAGCAGCAAUUAGGAACGUUACAAAUAGUAAUCCAGUACAGAGAUGAGGCUCAAAUAUUGAAACCAAAUUAUGUACUCAGUUGUAUUUUCAAAAUUAUUGAACAACGUUUAAAGUUAUUUAACUCUUUCUUAACACAAUUACAUCAUAUAGG